UCUGAAGAAAUCUAUACAAGAUGAAAGAUGCUGGAAAUAGGAGCUUUGCAGCUGUCAGUAGGACUAUAGAGGAGUGGGAGAAGUCAGUGGAGUAGUAGGUAUUUGAUAGAGAUUCUGGCAUGUAAAGAGGAGCUCUACUCUGCACCUCAAUAAAGUGGAAAUUUUUUCAACAUAUAUUUCAAUUAUUUAUAGCUAUGGAGCCUUUUGGAGGAUAUGAGCAAUGGAGCCUGUGGAGCACCAUUCUUGGUUCUACCAUCUAUUGUGUCAGUCAUGAGUGGUCGUUUAAGUCGUACCAUCUAUGUUGGCAACCUUCCUCUAGAUAUACGAGAAUCAGAAAUUGAAGAUUUAUUUUACAAGUACGGUCGUAUUGUGGAAAUUGAAUUAAAGAAUCCACCUCGCCCUCCUGGUUAUUGUUUUGUGGAGUUUGAAAGUUCUAGAGAUGCUGAUGAUGCAGUCCGGGGUCGUGAUGGCUAUAAUUUCUAUAGCCACCGUUUGAGGGUUGAGCUAGCUCAUGGUGGCAGAGGGCAAUCAUCUUCAGUUGGACGGGGCAGUGGAUAUGCAAGUGGGGGAGGCAGUAAAUAUGGAAGUUCUCGCCGUUCUGAAUUUCGAGUUGUUGUUCGUGGGCUUCCUCCUUCAGCUUCAUGGCAAGAUUUAAAGGAUCAUAUGAGAAAGGCUGGGGAUGUAUGUUUUGCUCAAGUUUUUCGGGAUGGUGAUGGCACCAUGGGUUUGGUCGAUUAUACUAAUUAUGAGGACAUGAAGUAUGCUAUUCGAAAACUUGAUGAUUCUGAGUUCCGAAAUCCCUUUUCGAGGUCCUAUAUUCGGGUAAGAAGCUAUGAGAGAAGCAUGUCGAGGAGUCGAAGCCGAAGUAGGAGCCCUAGUAGAAGCAGAAGCCCUAGGCGGAGUCAGAGCAAGUCAAUGGAAAGACCUGUCUCUAGAUCACCAUCAAAAUCUGUUUCUCCAAGAUCCAGAUCUGCUUCUCCUGCCAGAUUUUCAAGGUCAAGGUCUAGAUCAAGGUCGGGCUAAUUGUGCAAGGAAAUUGUUGAGGUGCAAUCAGGCAGUUUGCAGUUCUUGGGAUUCAUGUUUUGUUUAUUCUACUUAAAAGUUACUGAUUGUUGUUAUUGCUUCAUGGCAGGCAUCAUAUUGUAUGGUGGUGGCACUUGCUGUUUUCAGAUUAUCAGUGUUGAAAUGGAUCUACUUUCUAGACUGUCUUUCGCAGCAUUGAAUUUAGCUUUCAAUAACUGUGAACUUGAAUAUUAGGUUAUCACAGUUGUUUUCCUUUUAACUAAUAUGCUGUGAAUGUCUGCAACUAAGUGAUUAGAAUAUCCAAAUGAGCUAGUAAUCUGAAGUGUUAAGAACUGUAUUAUGGGAUGAUUGAUCGGUUAGUAUGUUUUUACUAGUCAGAUUACUGUUCAGGAUGGAAUGGUCUAUUCAACUAUAACCUGAGCUCUGUCAGG